GCGGCUGCCUGAGGCCGGCGGCGGCAGGAUGGCGGCCGGCGGGUUGCUGGAGGCCGGCCUGGCCCGGGUGCUCUUCUACCCGACGCUGCUGUACACCCUGUUCCGCGGGAAGGUGCCGGGCCGGGCGCACCGCGACUGGUACCACCGCAUCGACCCCACGGUGCUGCUGGGCGCGCUGCCGCUGCGGAACAUGACGCGCCGGCUGGUUCAGGACGAGAACGUGCGCGGGGUGAUCACCAUGAACGAGGAAUAUGAGACGCGGUUCCUGUGUAACUCCUCAAAGGAAUGGAAGAAAGUAGGAGUCGAACAGCUGCGGCUCAGCACAGUAGACAUGACUGGAGUCCCAACCUUGGCUAACCUCCAGAAAGGAGUCCAGUUUGCUCUCAAGUACCAGUCGCUGGGCCAGUCUGUCUACGUGCAUUGUAAGGCUGGGCGCUCCAGAAGUGCCACUAUGGUGGCAGCAUAUCUGAUUCAGGUGUACAACUGGAGUCCAGAGGAGGCUGUAAGAGCCAUCACCAAGAUCCGGUCACACAUCCACAUCAGAUCUGGCCAGUUGGAAGUUCUCAAAGAGUUCCACAAGGAGAUUACUGCAGGGGCAGCAAAGGAUAACACUUGUCACACAUCACAGACGUGAAAUACACAGAUUAGAAAGAACUCAAGACAACGCUGCUUGCUACAGAAUCAAAUAGUUUUAACAGGACCAAGGGGGCCUAAGCCCAGACUUGACAUAGCAGAAAUGUGCUAAGUAAUGGAUAAUUGUGCUCCCUUUGUCUUGUUUCACUUUCCUGAAGUAACACUGUUGUAUGUCUAGAGAGA